CCUGCAGGAGAAAAACGCGGCGGAGCGGGGGUCCGCAGAGGGCAACAGCCUGAGGGUCACGGGCCGGGCCCGGCGGGCUGCCAGCAUGCCGGAGAUUGACGUGGACAAGCUGGACGCGCAGCAGGUGCGACUGCUGGCGGAGAUGUGCAUCCUCAUCGAUGAAGAGGACCGUCGGAUCGGGGCGGAGACCAAGCGGAACUGCCACCUGAACGAGAACAUAGAGAGAGGGUUAUUACAUCGAGCUUUCAGCGUCUUCUUAUUCAACACGGAAAAUAAGCUCCUGCUGCAGCAGAGGUCAGAUGCUAAAAUCACCUUUCCAGGUUGUUUUACCAACACUUGCUGUAGUCAUCCGUUAAGUAAUCCCCGAGAGCUGGAAGAAAAAGAGGCCAUUGGAGUAAGACGAGCGGCACAGAGGCGAUUAAAGGCUGAAUUAGGAAUUCCCAUGGAAGAGGUUCCUCCAGAAGAAAUUAAUUACCUAACACGAAUUCACUACAAGGCUCAGUCAGAUGGUAUCUGGGGGGAACAUGAAAUUGAUUACAUUCUGUUUGUGAGGAAGAACGUAACUUUGAAUCCAGAUCCCAAUGAGAUUAAGAGCUACUGUUAUGUGACAAAGGAAGAGCUAAGAGAACUUCUGAAAAACGCAGCCUGUGGUGAAAUUAAGUUAACUCCAUGGUUUCAGAUUAUUGCCAAUGAUUUCCUCUUUAAAUGGUGGGAUAAUUUAAAUCAUUUGAAUCAGUUUGUUGACCAUAAGAAAAUACACAGAAUGUGAAUGUGAAAAUGAAUGGUUAGUAAAAUACUGAGAAAUUUCUCCACUUAGUAAACUUAACAUAAUUCUUUAAAAAUUUGGUUCCCCAUAAGAAUUCGUCACUUGAAACAUUGAUAAUUUACAACCGGUAUUUGUAUGGAAAAUACAACCAGCUUGUUCAUUUUAUAUC